AGAAGUGCGGUGUCUUUCUGAUGAGUUCAUUCCUAUCGCGCAGACUGACUUUCUGUUCUUGGUGGAAGUGGUAAUCUCCUUAAUGAUGAGUAGAGAGGUAGCAGGGACACGGAAUGGAAAAUGUCCUAAACGCAGAGGGAUGGGGGGCGGAGGGGGGUCCGUUAGAGAUACACCUUGACUCACUUGUUGUUCGCCUCAACCUAAAGAGGUGGAUGGGCCAGAAGAAAAGCCAUGGGAUGUUUGUCCCCACGGGGCGGGGGCUCAAAAAAUCCGAAGGACACGUCCGUUGACAAGCCAGCGGCCGACCUCAUGGUGGGGGCAACAUGUUCCAAACCUGGCUGUUAAGGACCAAGAGUCUUCCCCCAGUCAUGACUUCUGGGACCCUAGGAGCAAGGGAGGGUGGGUUCCCCAGGGCUGGGCUACCAAACUGUGUCACAUCACGAUCACCCGGAGAAGGUGAGGGGGAAGGUAUCCAAUUAGCAAUGCAUAUGCGCAGCCCCCCAGACCUGCUAAAGUAAAAUCUGAGAGCAGGACCAGGGAAUCUCUACCUUCAGCAGACGCUUCAGAGGACUUGGAGCAGCCCCUGUCCCCAGGCUACUAGAAGGAAGGAUUGGGGGGCCAAUUUGCAGGGCAGUCUCUAUUUACACCUGUCCCUCUACAAAGAUUACUAACACCCUCUUUUCUUUAAAAGUGUUUCUUUUGGAGAUUAAUAAAUUUUACGGUUACCUUAGAUUGUGCAUUUUCAGUGGAGCUAGUAUUGCUCCCAAGGGGGCAAAAUUGAUUCUUGGGGGUGCAGAGAAAAUUCUACUCUUUUUUGUGGUUAGAGCACAGUCGUACAUAUGGUUCAUGCACAGAUACGCAGAAUAUAUGUGGUGUUAAAAUUCCACGGGAACCGUUAGGAAAAAAUAUCUUAAAAGAAGAUUGAAGAAAAGAUGAACAAAUACCACUUUAGGUAAAGGAGUUGUGAGCAGCCUAUGGAUUUGAGGGGAAAAAGGGACAGAGGUGCUGCAGAUGUGCAUGGUAGGAAAACGGGGUGUCAUUUGCAGGAGAGGUUGGUCCUCCAGAGAAAUGGGCUCCUGUUUCCAUCUGAGUUACCGAGGAGGCGCUUGCCAAGCCCGGCUUUAUCUGCUGUGAGAACCCAGAGAGGUCUCGCGGCUGCCUCAAAGAGGCUUUGUUUGGGACCCUGGCUACGGAGACAGUGUAGCUUUCUCAGUGUGAUAGAGCUAGAAAUCUGUGUCCCUUAAAGCCGCAUCCUGCGUUUGUUUCUGUCUGAACCUAUCCCUCGGGUAGAUUGUAUUUCUGUUUCUAACGUUGUGUAUUAAAGAAAGAACCCAAGUGGUAAGCGUAACUUCGGUUUUCCAGACGUUAAGCACAUCUGUGUCGCCAGCACCCGAAUUACAAAAGAACAUUGCCAGACCCCCCCCCACCCGGCCCCUCCCUGUCCCCAGCUUCGAGGACUGGAGUUUUGUCUGCCCUUGAACUCACUGUAAGUGGGACUCGGGGUAGGUACGCCCGUGUGCCUGGCUCCUUUCAUGGGUUAGUACACUUCCGAGGUCCAUCCCGGUUUUUGUGUGUAGUGGGAGGUGGUUCCUUCCCAGUGUGCCCGCGUCUUCCCUUGCUGAAGGCCUCUGUUCAUUUAUCUGCUCUGAAAUGUCUUCAUCCGUUUUGAUGGUGAUUAUUUUUUUGUAUGAAAUACCCCAUACCUGCUGCAUUCUGGCGAGGUUAGCUGCUGAGAGGCUGUGUUCCUUCACCCGCCUUGCCUUGCCUUGCCUCUGAUGAAAGCACUAAAAUAGGAAAUCAGCGAAUAGGGUUAAUACUGUCAAAGAACGUUGGGGUCAGGCCUUCCAAAUCAUAGGCAACGCUGCGAGACUGUCACUGAUGUCCCUUUAAAAUUGGGCAGUCACGUUUGUCUGGUUUUUUGGAAGUUUUCAUCUUUGCAGCUACACGAAAAUAACCAGAAACGGGUUGUAGUUGAGACCUAGGUGAAGACUGAAGCGUGCCUACUUAGCAUGGAGACCCAGUUUUAGAAAGAGUGGCUGCCCUGCUCCCUGCCCCGGCUCCCUGGAGCAGAUGGCCCCCUCGGCAGCUGUCAUCUGGGCUGUCCCCGCCCCCCGGGGGGCUGUUUCUCUUUUUACACUGCAGAUGGGGGUCCUGUGUGCACCCAUUUAAGUGUGCUGGUUCCACAUCCCCACCAGCCUAGAGACAAGCGGGGGUCCAGCAUGGGCAGCCUGCCCACUUGAUGCCCCUCACUUCUCGGGCCUUUGAACCUUUGCUGUUACGAGAUAGCCUGCAUGGCCAUAGGGCUUUUAUACUUCCUUCCUUCAGUCCACACCCGAGAGGGGCCCUACGCCAGGGUGCGUUGGAGCCCAGGCCAUUUCUGCUUCAACAGAAGCCCAGACCAGGCCAGCCUGGCUCUCUGUGCCGUAACCAGAAUAGACCGGAGACCGUGUAUGGGACCUCCGAGAAACCGUCCUGUAAUGUAAUAGUGGUAGAGCCUGGCUGUUGGCACUUGGAAGGGAAGGGAGCUCGGGGCAGUAUCUGUCUGUGUCCUCAGCGGGGUGUGAGAACGUUGGCUGCAUCUGUGAUCUAGAUGCGGUGAUUGGCGUGGGAAGUGGCAGGACCCAGAGGGACUGGUGGGAGAUAAAGUAGCGUGAUCACACCUGCGUUGGAGGAGGAAGCAGAGAAGGAGAUGAGCCCCAUGCAGUAGGGCACGGCUUGAGAGGAGACCUGCAGGAACCCAGGGAGCCCUCAGCCUGGCUCCCCACUCCCAUACCACUUCCCCUUGCAGGCUUACAGCCCAGCCAGCCCUUUCCUCAAACACCCUCAAAUAGGCCAGUGACCUCGCGGAUGUGUUUGGACAGCCUCUGUCUCCCUGUGCUGAAUUUCGUGGUGUUUCCAAGGUAAAUAAGUCAAGCAAGCAUGCAGAUCCUGAACUCCUGGAGCCUAAUUGGUCUUCCAAAGAUGGAGGAGCUGCUGUCUCGGUCUGACGGAUCUUUGCAUCCUCCAAAGCACAUGGCAGGCAUACAGCACUCGGUGUACCGCUGGGCCGACCACUCCACCACGGUGCUGCAGCGGCUGAACGAGCAGCGUCUCCGCGGGCUCUUCUGUGACAUCGUCCUGGUGGCCGACGAGCAGCGCGUGCCGGCCCACCGCAACCUGCUGGCCGUGUGCAGCGACUACUUCAACUCCAUGUUCACCAUCGGCAUGCGCGAGGCCUUCCAGAAGGAGGUGGAGCUGAUCGGCGCCUCCUACAUCGGGCUCAAGGCCGUGGUGGACUUCCUGUACAGCGGGGAGCUGGCGCUGGACGGCGGCAACAUCGACUACAUCCUGGAGACGGCCCACCUGCUGCAGAUCUGGACGGCGGUGGACUUCUGCUGUGAGUACCUGGAGCAGGAGGUGAGCGAGGACAACUACCUGUACCUGCAGGAGCUGGCCUCCAUCUACAGCCUCAAGCGGCUAGACGCCUUCAUCGACGGCUUCAUCCUGAGCCGCUUCGGCACGCUGUCCUUCACGCCCGACUUCCUGCAGAACGUGUCCAUGCAGAAGCUGUGCGUCUACCUGAGCAGCAGCGACGUACAGCGCGAGUGCGAGCACGACCUGCUGCAGGCCGCCCUGCAGUGGCUCACGCAGCAGCCCGAGCGCGAGGCGCACGCCUACCAGGUGCUGGAGAACAUCCACUUCCCGCUCAUCCCCAAGAACGACCUGCUGCACCGCGUCAAGCCGGCCGUGUGCUCGCUGCUGCCGCGGGAGGCCAACUGCGAGGGCUUCAUCGAGGAGGCGGUGCGCUACCACAACAGCCUGGCCGCGCAGCCCGUCAUGCAGACCAAGCGCACGGCGCUGCGCACCAACGAGGAGCGCCUGCUUUUCGUGGGCGGCGAGGUCUCCGAGCGGUGUCUGGAGCUCAGUGACGACACCUGCUACUUGGACGCCAAGAGCGAGCAGUGGGUCAAGGAGACGCCCCUGCCGGCCCGGCGGAGCCACCACUGCGUCGCCGUGCUGGGCGGCUUCAUCUUCAUCGCCGGCGGCAGCUUCUCCCGGGACAAUGGAGGGGAUGCGGCGUCCAAUCUUCUUUAUAGGUAUGACCCCCGCUGUAAACAGUGGAUCAAGGUGGCCUCCAUGAACCAGCGCCGCGUGGAUUUCUACCUGGCCUCCAUUGAAGACAUGCUGGUGGCCGUUGGUGGCCGGAACGAGAAUGGAGCUCUUUCUUCGGUGGAGACUUACAGCCCCAAGACCGACUCCUGGUCCUACGUGGCCGGCUUGCCAAGGUUCACCUACGGCCACGCGGGCACCAUCUACAAAGACUUCGUGUACAUCUCGGGGGGCCAUGAUUACCAGAUUGGCCCCUACCGCAAGAACCUGCUGUGCUACGACCACCGGACAGACGUGUGGGAGGAGCGGCGGCCCAUGACCACGGCGCGCGGCUGGCACAGCAUGUGCAGCCUGGACGACAGCAUUUACUCCAUCGGCGGCAGCGACGACAGCAUCGAGUCCAUGGAGCGCUUCGACGUGCUGGGCGUCGAGGCCUACAGCCCGCAGUGCAACCAGUGGACCCGUGUGGCGCCGCUGCUGCACGCCAACAGCGAGUCAGGGGUGGCCGUCUGGGAGGGCCGUAUCUACAUCCUGGGCGGCUACAGCUGGGAGAACACGGCCUUCUCCAAGACCGUGCAGGUGUACGACCGCGAGAAGGACAAGUGGAGCAAGGGCACCGACCUGCCCAAGGCCAUCGCCGGCGUGUCCGCCUGUGUGUGCGCCCUGAAGCCGCGGCUGGAGGACAAGAAGAAGAAGGGCAAGGGCAAGAGGCACCAGGACCGGGGCCAGUAACCCCCCUUCCCCCACUAUCCCCCCCACCUGCCUCUGGCUGGGACCUGCUCCCCGCCACCACCUGCCAGAGCGUCUAGACCAGCAAGGACUUCGUAGCAUCCUGGAACCAUGUACUCCUUAGCAGCUUUUUUACUUUUAUGAUUCUUGGUAUUUCUAUGAUAUCAUAGUAACCAAUUAAAUAUUCUAUAUAAUUUUACAUAUUAUCUUGCUUGAAUAAUUAAACCUGGGCCCAGGCAGGAAAUAUCCCUUCAUCUCUGUGCAGGGCUUCUUCCCUUAUUUUGAGUCUCCCCAAGGAUGCCCCAUCCCCGUCCCCCUGAGAGUACCUAGGGCAGGGGUUAUGCAGAAAUUUUUGUAAGUGAAACUAGGGGCCGUGGUGCGGAGAUUGCAGAUCCUCCAGUCCACGCCUCCCUCAGCUUGGCUGAGCCUUUAAACAGAUUCCUGGGCCCCACCUCAGAAUUAUCCAUUCUGAAACUCCAGGAGUAGGGGCAGAGGGGCGUGCCUGAAAUUAUAACCCAUUCCCGGAAUGACUGAGCACCGGCCAUAUUUGGCAAUCAUGGGCAAUGUAAGGUGCGUUCAUGUUUAUGAGUGGGGACUCAGAGACCCCGACAGGGUGAGUGGGCUGCCCACUCACUGGACAGUCAGGCAAGACCUGGGACUUCUCACCAGGGAGAUGUUCCCACCAGGAUUUCCUGAUCCAGUGACAUUGUUUCAGAGUAGUCCCAUUUUCUUGAUUAGUAAUCUUCAUGAAUUCUAAAAGGGUCUAGGUAAUCAAGGAACUUAAAAAAAGGCAUGAAACUCUUAGAAACAUUUAUCUGUAAUUUGUGGGGGGUUUUUUUCUUUUUUUUUUUUUCCUGAACCCAUUGUUUUCUUAUGUUACUGACAUACUGAGCCCCCAAAAUCUAUGUUCAUUUCUCAGGAAGAAAAAAUGGGCAUCCUAGAAUUUGCCAUUGUUUUCUCUGGCUUGGCUCCAAGAAGCCCUCGAGAGCCCCUCCAUGAGCGAGUUUUACUCACUAAGGAGGAUGUCAGGUACCCCCCCAACCCAAACUCAGUUGUUUUGUGCUGCUGGGCAAAUUCUUUAACAAGUCUUAGCUGUUCCCUCAUUCAUCACGCAGUGGGUCAAAAUCACCGCCUCCCAGGGCUCGGCUCCUUCAGUCUGUGUAAGCUAUUAAUGUGUAUUCAGCACCUCCUCUUGGAUGCGUGACCACGCUACACUGUGUCCUGCGUCCUGCACGUGUCACUUAACAGGGCGUGCCCUCGGAGGCGAGCUGGGGACUCCUGCCCCGGCUGCUGUGGACACAAGGACGUGGGAAGAGAAGCCUGCUUGGCGAGGUAGGCGUUCACGAUCUAUGCCUUGACAAAGAUCAGAGUGCAGAGGUGAGAACACCUCAAGGUUUAUUGUUAACCUUGGUUUUAGACUAUGAAUCUCCGUUAACUUAUUUCUUUAAAAAAAAAAAAAAAGAUCUCUUUACUUCUUUCCUUUCCCUUAAAGGGUUACUGUGAUUUUGAGUGGCUUGGGCGUUGAAAGCUUCACUACCUGAAUCCACGCCUUCUGUCAUUAGUGGUGCAAGCGGUCUGCUGCCCGUGGAAGUCCCUAGAGGCUUACAAACUGGUGAGAACUUCUGCAAGGCAUGCAAACAAUCAAACCAAAAACUGUGCACUCUUCUUGGAGCUCCACAAUACUUCAGUGUAUUAAAGGCUCUGAGAAGUCCCGCGUUAACUGUUAACCUUCCAUCAAUCCAGAAUUUCCAAGCUUCUGUGAGUCCAAAACCCUUUUUUGUCUCAUACCUUGUCCAGCCCUCCACAAGACAUGUUUUGCAGAACUUCUGCCAACUUUGGGAUAACUUACCCCCUUCCUAUUUCAGGAAAGAUGUUAUUAUUGGAGGACCCUUUAGAAGGCAUGGAACCUGUGGUCUAUUCUAAGUCAUAAAGAGGUGGUUGUUCAACCAGAGUCCAGGGGCAGGUGGGGAAGAGCACAUAGAUUCCACGUGUGCUUUGGGGAGCAGGAUGGCUUUGACCUUGGGAAGAGGAGAGCCAUCAGUUUUUAGCUUAAGCCAGCUGUUUUGUUUUUGACUACCAUGACGUGUCCCCGGAUCCAGGUGCAGUGCUGGUCGCUAUUCAAAUUCUCUUGUGCCUUGUGGAUUCCGUACGAUGUCCCGCACCUCGUACUUCGUGGUGUCACUCUUGCUACUCUGGAGGCAGUCUGUCAUUUACGUCGUUGAGGAUCGGAUAUCAUUAGGGUCGGGGGUAUUCUUUUAAAAGUACAGUUGACAAGCUUCUUCUCACAGACCGGCUUCGCAUGGUUGGUGGUGGCGUCCCUAUGCUAAGAAAACCUGUUGAGCGUCACGACCCAUGGGCAGCAGCUGCGUCGACGCCGGGCAGCACGGUGGUGGGACCCAUGGAAGGUGGCUGCUGUCCCCGUCGUUAAGGUGCAGUCCCCCUGCUGUGCUGUCCAACUGAGAGUGGGAGAAGAUCCUGUUGACCCCCACGGGCGGCAGCCGGGGCAUGCGUUCCUGCAGAAUCACAGUGCUGUGGUUUCCAAGCCCAGUGACAAGGUUGGGUCCCUGCAGCCGCCGUCUUGAGCCGCAGCAGCCCCGCCUGCUGCCCUUGAGAACCGGGAGAACACCCGGAUCGUUUCUUUUUGUCUUUCGAAUAAGCAUAGUGGGCUUUCAUUCAGAUUUUGGGGGUUUUUUUCUCACUUUUAAAGAACUAAAGUUUUCACUUCACGUGAGUUGUACGUGUUGAGUUUUGUUCACCCAAGUUGGAACCCUGUUUGCUUAAGACAUAAAUGUCAUACCAGAAGGGAGGAGAAGAGAAGGCUGAAGAGUCCUGGUCCCUCACAGUGGGCUUCCUGCUGUUUAAAUAUACAGAGGUUGUCUUAGCAACAUGUGUGCGGCUCCGGCUCAAUCGGCAUUUUUAACAUUUUAGAUGUUAAGUGUUAACGUUUUAGCGUUUUAGAAAGACUGCCAGGUAGGACUUGCAGAUCUCGAUCUGAGCAGAAAACCUCCUGUGUGUAACUAUAUUGCGAAUGCCCCUCCCCUUGCUCUUUAAUGAUAAGGUAACCUCACGGUGACUUAGUAGAAACCCCAGAAGCCAACCCUAAGGGGUUUUCAGUUUGGGGUGGAAACCCAAAUGCCAAAGGGAGUGGGGUCCCAGUCCCUCCUCUGAGCUCCACGGUCCCACUCUGGGAGCUCAGGUGAGUUAACCUGCGGUUCAGAGUGCGUGGCGCCUCGGCCAGGUGACCUGCCAGUGGCUCGCAGCACUGUGGGGAGUGGAAGACCUCCACCUCUGCCCCCACCCCCGCCCCUUCCUUGAGCUAUCAGGCUUCAUCUACCCUGGUCCUCCAGGGCAUGUGGCUUAGCCAGCACCUGCCGAAGCCUUUGGCUGGAAUCUCAGAGCACCAGCCCUACCCUGGAGGGCAUUUCCAUCCUUGGCAUCUCCGUGGAUUCCGAGUGUCUUCAGAGGGCAGGGGAGGGGGCGGUGUCCUGCCCUCCAGCAUAAACCUCUGGAGUGUGGGCCAGCGCCACAGGCCCUCGGACAUCCUGCCCCGUGUGUCUGCCAAGCCGGGCAGUUUUUAAAGUUUUUUGAAAUGUUUUAAUACUUUUUGAUACCAUUUGCUAAUAACCGUUUUGUAGGUUGCUGCCAGGGUUUUCCACUUCAUGCCCCACCCCUCACCCCCACUCCCUUGAGCUUGCACUAGACAGCAGGUGCCCUGGGGUCAGCGCUGCCACCAUGCCCGCCUCCAGUGGCUUUGUCUUGGUUCUUGCUUUUGUCUGGGGCUGCGAUCUGAUACACUCUUGAAUUUUGUAAGGUCCCGCCUGGCCCCACCCGGCUGGGCUCGUCCUGUGACGAUGACCGCCUUAGGCCCCCAACUGAGCAAGAGGGCACUGACCUGCCGAGAAGACAUUCUCAUUCCCUUAAGAUAUUGGGCGUUUCUCCCAAAGCGCCUCCCUCAGCGGUGUGCACAGAGGUGAAACCAUCCCUGAGGACUGACCCAUGUGUCAUACGGGUCAUUGCUCAACCCAGGGCUUGCCCGGGUCCCCAUCCGCUCCCGUCCACCCCUCUUAAAGACAUUUCAACACAAAGUCUGUAACAGUGAACCACCGUACACUUUACAGAAUUACUGCCCUCAGCUGGGGAGUGAAUUCUGCUCUGUUUUAACAGGAAUAGAAUCUGCUCUGUUUUAACAGGAAUAGAAUCUAUGGCUUCUGAGGACGUGUUGGGGUCUGAAGAAUUUGUCUCUCAGUUGCCUUAGUUAAAAGAGGUUAAUGAAUGCACAAAUGUGGUGGAACGGGGCAGAGGGGAUCAACCUUCCUGUCCAUUUUCUUUGAGAAAAGGAGCUCCGCUUCUCAGAGUGACUUGAUGCCCUUAUAGGUUGGCUUGCAGUGGAAAGAAGGAAGACUCAAAUCCUUUGGGGUCAACUGAAGUCAGUCAUCACCACCAGUCCCCCCACCCCCCUUUCAAAAUUAGUAAGAUAUUUGACGAUUAAGCAAUUCACUGGGUAUGUUCUGGCUACUAAUGUUACCAAAACCUGUAAUUGUGUGUGUGUGUGUUUUAAUUUGUUGCUUUUGUAUUUGUAAUUUUAUGACACUCGAAGGUUUUCUGUAUCUUACCUCUUUUUAAUUAAUUUUCUGCACGUUGAUUUUUUUCUUUGUUUUUAAUUCCAUACAGAAUAUUCAAUUCUCAAAACACAUUAAAAUGAUUUGCCUGCUA